AUGUCAUCGUGGUACUCGAGGAUCCUCACCAACACCACCUCCCAGAUCUCGAGCUUGCAGAGCCGACUGCUGCAGAGCGAAAAUGACGGCGACACCGAGGACGACACUCACGUCUGCAGAGUGCUGAGAGCCUACUACACCGAGAAGGGCCGUCCGUUUCCGGGCUGGCUACCCCCCGACCCAAAGGCGCCGCCGCCAGCGGCCCCCGUCUACGCUCAGCCUGCCAACCAGGUCGGCUCGCGAUACGGAGGUCUGCAGCCGCAGCAGCAGCCUGGUCCUACCACGGGACUCAGCUCGCUGUGGGAUAGCAACGGAUACUAUGAGCCUUCGGCAGGGCCGCGGCGCCCCGCCCCCGAUGCGAGGCGGCGAGCAGCCGGCGCGACUGAGCCCUUUCGCGAGGGCCGGUGA